AAGAGCAGACCACUUCCUAUAAUUGUAUCUCAGUCAUCUCUUAGUCAAUUGAAGCAUAGCUUUUGACACUUCUUAAGCCUGUGGUGAGACUGCAGAGUACAAAAGACUUUACGAUUCAUAACAACCCAUAUACCACUCAUCUGUUAUCUGAGGUGUCAGCAGACACAGUUUUUUUGUGUCAGCGUAUAUGCAAACUGGAUAUAGACUGAAUUUGAAUUUUGAGCUGGUAGGACUGAAAAGAACAACCAUCUACCUUUACAUACUGCACGCCAUUCAGCAGCCAGGCACAGCGUCAACUCAGGAUCUGUUGAACCCACUUCAGUGAUGGCGAGCAACAACUCAACCCUGAACCUCAGCUGUAACCACUCAGAGGAGUACAAAUACACCACCUACACUGUGGUGUUCAGCCUGGUCUUUGUUUUCGGGCUUGUGGGCAAUGUGGGCGCAUUGUACGUCUUCUGCAAGUUCUCCAUCAAGAAUCGCCUGUCAACCAUCUUCCUCAUCCACCUGGCCGCCUCUGACCUCGUCUUCAUCCUCACCCUGCCAAUCCGGAUCGCCUUUUACUCCACUUAUUCUCCGUCAAGUGCCGGUAUGCCGAGAUCUUUUACUAUGAUGGCCUUGGACAUAACCUGCCGUUUCUCCACCUACUUGUUCUACAUCAGCAUGUACUGCAGUAUCUUGUUCCUGACCGCUUUGAGCUUGUGCCGCUACCUGGUGUUAGCUGGUCGAGUUCGCCUCCAGAACAGUGAGGCCUGCCGGUGGGCUCGCAUCCUGUGCUGGGGCAUCUGGGUCUUCGUGCUUGGAGGAAACGUAUUAUAUAUUGCUGCUACUUUUGGGUUCAAUAUAGAAGUAGAAGGAUGCCUAGAACCCAGGGGUGAAUCCUGGGGUUGGCUGUAUCAGCUGAACCUGAUUGUCCUGGUGACCUGCUUUCUACUUCCACUGACCGUGGUGUUAAUUUGCUACUCACUAAUGAUCCGACACAUCUUGCGGACAAGGGCAGGCCAGAGGCAGCGGGACGUGGCACUGGUGUGCCUGGUGCUUUGUAUCUUCUGCUUGUGCUUCCUGCCCUACCACAUCCAGCGCACCCUCCACCUCUACUACAUGAUGCACCACCAGAAGGAUUGUCAAUUGCUAGCCACCUUGCAGAAGACAGUGGUGGUAACUCUCUGCUUUGCUGCUAUAAAUAGUUGCCUGGAUCCACUCAUCUUCUUGUUUGUUGGCCACGGAUUCAUACCGGUGAUGAACAAGCUUAUUGCUCAAUGCGCACUACAAGGACACUCCGACCAUGGGGGGGGUUCUUCUGCUUCAAGUUCUACAUCUCCACCUGCAGUGCGACUACCAUUGGUUAGAGGUCAAAAGAAUGUGGAAACAGAACAGACUUCUCCUGUGGUAUUGAAGUUCUCGCAAAAGGUGGAUACUACAGAUUGACUGUAAAUUUAUACCAUUUGUCAUGACAACAUAUUUUGUUUUAUUGUUGUGUAUAUAGACUUACCUCAGGGUUCAUUUCCAGAUGAUUUUAUCUCCUUGGUUAAUGGGACUAGGCACCUGGCAGUAGCCCCUAUUAUUCAGCAAGGUGGGAACCAUUUUCAUUGACAGAAAUGCAUUGUGGAUGCAAAACGAUAGCCUGGACUUUUUUGGGAUGUUGUGCUGCACUCAAAACAUUUCAUAACCACUUGAAUCAAACCGAUUUCACUAAUUCCUAGUCCAGUUUGACACUGUCCCAUCAUCACAAACCUCCUGCCAUCCAGGAUCACCAGUUUCCGAGAGUAGACUCAAGGUUUUACUCAAAACAAGAGACAUUUCCACCACAGGUUCCUCAUUUUCUAGAAAAAGACAGACUAGAAUGGA